GUUUACUUUCCCGUAUCAACAGCGCGUUUCGGGUUAGUUCGAGAAGUAUUCGCGCCACCCGUCAACAGUUGAAAACGCUUAAGCUCCAACGACCGAAUCAAGUAACGCCACGUCACUACUCCUCGCGCAGAUAAAUAAAAUAAAAAUAAAUAUCAGAACUAUCCAGAGAAGGCUAUAUAUACUCCUCCGUCCUUCUCGUCCUCAGAUAUUUUUGAUUUCUGGUAAAAGCUUACUGACCAAAAACGAGAGACAAAGAGAUAUCACUAGAGAAGAAGACGCGAGAUAGUAAACUGAACAAGAAGAUCAAACAAGAAAUCGAUUCAUCUCCGCAAAGAAACAUAUUUGAUUUCGAUUAGAACCUCUGAUUCUGAGUUCCCUACGCCAAUAGAUUGUGUUGUUUCCCUGAAGAAGAUGGCGGUUUAUGAUCAUAGCGGAGACAUUAACAGCACUCAACUCGAUGCAUCGAGGAAGAGGAAAGCGAGAAGUAGACGUGACGGAACUACCGUGGCUGAGAGGCUUCAGUUGUGGAAGGACUAUAACGACAACAUAGAAGAAGCUUCUUCCCCGAAGAAGCGGAGAGUACCUGCGAAAGGAUCAAAGAAAGGUUGCAUGAAAGGCAAAGGAGGACCGGAGAAUAGUCAGUGUAGUUUCAGGGGAGUUAGGCAGAGGAUUUGGGGUAAAUGGGUCGCUGAGAUUAGAGAGCCGAACAGAGGAAGUAGGCUUUGGCUUGGGACGUUUCCUACUGCUGAAGAAGCUGCUUUGGCUUAUGAUGAGGCGGCUAGGGUCAUGUAUGGUCCGUUGGCGAGGGUUAAUUUUCCUCACAAGUCUGUGUCUGAUGAUCAGUCUGAGGUUUGCACGGCUGGGAGUCCAGGGCGUGUUGAAGUGAAAACAGAGGAUGUUGAUUGUGAAUCUGAAGAGGUGAAGAAGGAUGUUAAGGCAGAUUGGCUAAGUGAAUUUGAGCAGAGGUAUUGGAGUGAAGUUCUCGAGGAGAAAGAGAAACAUAAGAAGCAAGAACUUGUUGUAGAAUCUUGUCCGAAACAGCCUGAAUCACUGUCUGUUGCAGAUUAUGGCUGGCCGGAGGAUCUAAAUCAGAGUCAGUGGGACUCUUCAGAGAUGUUUGAUGUUUCUGAGCUUCUAGGUGAUUUGGAUGGGGACAUCUUUACAGGCUUGGACCAGGUCUCGUACCCGUUGGACAAUGUCGCAGGUGGGUUGCCUGAAACCGAGAAGCUUCAAGGCCUUGACUCCAGUUAUGGAUUGCCUCCGUUUCAGCUAGAGGCACAGGAUGAUAACGAGUUCUUCGAUCUGAGUUUCUUGGAUCUGGAGAAGUGAGAGAGUUGGAUACAUUUUGGAUCUUGUUAUUUGCCUUAAAUGAUAAAAAUCCCAUCAUGACUUUUGAGACUCUAUUGAGUUUUUUUAGUGAUAGAGAAUCUCAUAAGGACUAGAAAAGGGAAAUUGUAUAUACUGAGAUGAUGUUUUGUGUAAUAACACACUGUAACAGAAAAAAAAAAAAAAACCUGCUACACUG